ACUUCCCAAGGGCACUUCCUGUCUCUUCAAGUUCUCUCGGUCUCCGUUUUGGUGAGCUGGUUGAAGAUGAAAUCCACUAAGGAGGAAAGGCCUGAGUCUUUAGCACCCUGUGUGCCAGCCCAGAAGUGGUUCUGUGAAAGCCUCUGUAAUAUCUAUAGACCUCCCUGAAAAUCAGGUGGGCUUGGAUUUGGACUGUCAAUAGCAGGCAGAGAUGUUUACGUAGUUGAUAGAUCCCGUAGUUUAACUUGAUUCCUGGAUAGAAGCUGGAUUCAUCUGAUACCAGAGAAGUAAAAUUUCAAGAGACCAAAACCAGAUCUGAAUCUCACUUUUCUAGUCUGGACCUCUUCAGUGUUAUAAAUCCUGGAUAUACAAUAGAUGAUGACUGCAUUUUUCUUUUACGCACGAAGGUAGAUGAUUCUUCAAAUUAAAGAGGGAAGCUGAGUUUUCUCACCAGAAAUGGUUUUAUACAACAACUUGCAAAAAUGUAAGAGGCGGCAAAGGAAAGAAUAAAAUAAUAUUUUCAUUUUCUUCUUUUAGUCUUAGAUCAAAAUUGCUAGAUUGUAAGCUCUAGGAAAGUAGGAUACCUCCUUCCUUAUGUCUAAUGCCUGGCCUGGAAUAGAUUAAAAAACAUUUGAAGUGAAUUGAAUUAAAAUCUCCAUUGAUUUUUUUUUUUUCUUUUAAAAUUUCUAGAAAUGGCAGCCAUUUUAAUGGCAAUUCAGCAAGCUAUUUACAUGGAAUAACUGGGACUUAAACCUCAAUUCUGAUGUAAAAUGUACAUGUAGGGCUCUUUUCAGCAUCUGGAGACCUCACUAUCCUAUUAUGUCUUUGUGUGAAGACAUGCUUCUCUGUAAUUAUCGAAAGUGUCGUAUCAAACUCUCUGGUUAUGCGUGGGUCACUGCCUGUUCUCAUAUCUUCUGUGAUCAGCACGGUAGUGGUGAAUUUAGUCGUUCGCCAGCUAUCUGUCCUGCCUGCAACAGUACCCUUUCUGGAAAGCUAGAUAUUGUCCGCACAGAACUCAGUCCAUCAGAGGAAUAUAAAGCUAUGGUAUUGGCAGGACUGCGACCGGAGAUUGUGUUGGACAUUAGCUCACGAGCACUGGCCUUCUGGACAUAUCAGGUACAUCAGGAGCGUCUUUAUCAAGAAUAUAAUUUUAGCAAGGCUGAGGGCCAUCUGAAACAGAUGGAGAAGAUAUAUACUCAGCAAAUACAAAGCAAGGAUGUAGAAUUGACCUCUAUGAAAGGGGAAGUCACCUCCAUGAAGAAAGUGCUGGAAGAAUACAAGAAGAAAUUCAGUGACAUCUCUGAGAAACUUAUGGAGCGCAAUCGCCAGUAUCAAAAGCUCCAAGGUCUCUAUGAUAGUCUUAGGCUACGAAACCUAACUAUUGCUAACCAAGAAGGCACACUUGAACCAUCCAUGAUUACACAGUCUGGUGUUUUUGGCUUCCCAGUAGGGAACAACUCCAAGUUUUCUUUGGAUAAUACACCAGUUCGAAAUCGGGGUGGUGGAGAUGGAGAUUUUCAGUUCAGACCAUUUUUUGUGGGUUCUCCCACAGCACCUGAACCCAGCAAUAGCUUUUUUAGUUUUGCCUCUCCAAGUCGUGAAUUACAGCAGGAACAAGUCUCUAGCAGGGCUUUCAAAGUAAAAAGAAUUUAGCUCAUUUUAUAAAAUGUUUCUCUAUUCACUUUCAGUAAUUUCAUUUAGCAAAUAAUCUUUAUUCUAGAUAAGAGUCAAUCAGCCUUUUUGUGCUUUUUUUAAGUCUUUGAAGUUGUCUUCACAUUAUCAACUUGUAAGAAACUCAGUGGCAGUGAGGAGUGACUUUAGAGUCUGGUUUCUUUGUUUCAAUUAUUUAAAGCAUGAACAUUUUAAUCUCAAUUUCAUCAUUAACUGUUGAGUUUUUCAUCACUAGUAAAAAAAAAAAGGUCAUGAUGUUACUAUGUGUUUCAUAGAUCAUUAUUUCUGUCUGGGCUGUUUCUGAUUGAGUUCUGUGUUUAUAUGUAUGUAUGUAAGUACCUAUAUGUCUACAUUUCACUUUGGAUUCUGGUAUAUAUGCAUAUAUGUAAAUGUAUGUGUGUUAAUUUACACUGAUAUUUUGCUGUAUUUGUCAAUAUAUUUGUGUGAAAAUUUUGGUUUUGGAAAAUGGUGGGUGCUCUGUAGCUUGUUAUUUGGGUGUGUGUAUUUAUUUGUAUAUUAAUAUGUUUAGAGGUACUGUCAAGCCAGUGAAUGAGAGUACAAUUAAUGCAUGUAUGUUCAAUCCUUAUUUGUAUUUAAAAAUAAAUCACAUUGAUAAAGUUAUUUUGUAAAGUUAGUUUUUGACAUUUACAGUUGGCCCUCCAUAUCCUUGAGUUCCGCAUUUGUGGAGUCAACCAACCACAGUCUGAAAAUAUUCA